CCCAAGCUGAGUCACCAGGACUAACCAAAGUGGUGCUAGAUUUAACAACCAAUAUAUUUGUCCAGUCAGCACUACAGAAGGACAAAACUGCACACUGGGAAGUUGUAGGUUACAUUUAUUUGACAAUGGCUGUGUAGACAAGGAAGGCUCCUGCAGCCUGAUUCUGAACUCCACAAGUUUUGGGGACAUGUCUACAUUCAGUAUUAAAAGAACCCAGAACUGAUUUAUACAUUCAGAUGCAUAUAUAUUGCAAAGCCAGGUGAGGCAUGUCUUCCAUUAGCUCAUAUGUAGUUGUAUUGCAAAAGCUCAGUCUUUGGCUUUGGGUGUGCUAAGCAUGAACAAACACAAUACGAUACAUGCACGGUCAUGUCUUACAGGUUAAACAUCUUCCCAAGGGAAGCCUGUGGCUCAGACAUCUGCCUAUAGCAGGUCCUGGGCUUAUGCCUAGAUUGGCAACUGAUGAUGAAAGGAAGUGCAUGCCUCUAAAAGCCAAACCCUUGAAGGGAAUGUGAACCUACAAUAUUUUCUGUUAUGCUAGACUAGAGGCAGACUAGGAUAUGUCUCUAGUGUAUUCCAAAGGGCUCAAAACUAGGCUAAUGUAGCCUUGUACGCCCCAGCGUGGUCAUUAACAUCAUCCUCAUUUCACAAGGGGGAUAUCUGAAAUGCAGCUGCUUGCCCAAGACCACAGUGAUGGCCAAACAAAUAGACCCCAGGUCACCUGACUCCCGGUCCUCUCAAACCGCAAGGCACGUACUCUUCUCUUAAUCUAACGUAAUGAGAAUGAGCUGCUUCCUCAUCAGAGCUUUGCAUCUAUUUAGCUUGUUCCUCUGAGCAUUAUUGUGUAGGGAGGAUCAGUCCCAACCAAAAAGAAAAACCUUUUCUCUGCCUUCACCUUCCUGCAAUUGUGUGCUCAGGGGGAGGGGGCCACAGAAACAGCAGAUCCAAACUGGUGUGGCAGCUACCUGCCUGAACAGAGAAAAACACUUCACAGCCGUCAGGCAUCAGCAAGAAGCAAUCCCACUCUGACCUAAGCAAGUCCCAACUAGCAGAGCAGUGGGACUCCUCAGAUGCUUUCUUCCUCUGCACUGCAUACGCUUGGCUCAGGGCUCCUGGCAGCUUCUAGUCUGCACUGUUCCCCUGGGGUUUUCUCCUUUGACAUCCCCAUGGAUUCACACUGGCACUACCAGUUCCGGAUUAUUAUGCUGGGGGACUCCACGGUGGGGAAAUCAUCCCUGCUGAAGCGCUACACUGAAGGCGUCUUCCUCGAAUCCAUUAAUCAAACUGUGGGAGUAGAUUUCUACGUCCAAUUUAUGGAGAUUGAACCUGGGGUCCAGGUUAAGCUGCAGUUUUGGGACACGGCUGGGCAGGAGCGAUUCAGAUCUGUGACACGUUCCUACUACCGCAACUCUGCUGGGGGAGUGCUGAUGUUUGACCUGACCAACAGAGCAUCCUUUGAAAGCAUCCGUGAGUGGCAUCGGGAAGUGACAGAGACUGUGAAACCUUUUCACAUCGUUUUUGUCCUGGUUGGGCACAAGUGUGACCUGAUAGCAGAGCGCAAGGUUGGAAAGAAAGAGGGUGAGAAGCUGGCUUCCUCACUAGGGGCAAAGUACAUCGAGACAUCUGCUAAGAACAGCAGCAAUGUGGAUGCUGCCUUCCAAAUGCUGACUAUGGGAAUCUAUGAGGCACUGAAAACGGGGGUAAUGAGCCCAAAUGAGGACUGGGAUGGAGUAAAAAGCAGACUAUCGCCCAAAGUAGUGACUACAGUACAAACACCAGGAAAACAAGAGCAGAAAAAGAAAUGCACAUGUUAGUAAGACACUGCAAGUCUCAAGAAGCCAGAAUACACUACCAGUGUCCACCUCCUCUUACAAGACACGGCAGCUAGACAAUAUUGAAUGAUAUGUAAUGACAGUUACUGCAGUCUUUCAUUACAGGGUAAUGCCUCAUAACUUGGGCAACAAACAGAAUUGGAAAGGGUGACAGCUACAUACUCACAUCCAAAGACUUUAGUGUGUUGCAACACCCUAUGUGCUUCGAAAAGAUUCAAAACAGCAAUGAAAUGGCGUAGGCACUGGAAUAGGCAGAAAUGUACACUUGAAUGUUGAUUAAAUGUUUUAUUCAUAUUUCUCAUUGGCUUUAUUAUCCUAAUAGAGGAGGAAUUAUUUAAUGCUAGCCAUGCCAAUGAAUAUGGCAAGAGUAUUAUCCCCAGACAGCAUGUACAGGCAUAGUAGAAUCAGGAGGUGGGGAAAACCUAAACACCUGGGGAUAGAAGCUCUAUGGAUGUUGCAUUUUUCUGUGCACUAAACGUUCCAACUGCUGUUCUGCUUGUAAAGUAUUUGCCAAGUGUAUAUGCUCAGCCAGAGUCUACAGAAAGCCUUGUCAACAGCACUUGACAUACCAGCAGCUCCCUUCCUACUAAUGCAACUCCUAGUUUUAAAACCUAGAUCACCUUGUUUUACCAUUAUGCCCUACCUGAUUACAUAGCAUCUGGCUGAAAACUUCCAGCCCCUGAGGCCCUACUUACAGCUAGGCUUACCCUCUGCUUGAAAGGAUACUGCUUAGAAAACAGGCUACGUUUUGAAUAUGUAAAGAGGCACUUUUUAUUUAAGUAAAACAGCUUCCCUUUCAGGCCUAAUUAUCAGACUUGGCAAUCUGGUUCUGAGCCAACAGCACUCCUCUUGACUUUUGUUCUUGGCAUUCGACAAUAUCGAAAUACCCUAUGGCCCAAGACUAGGGUAGCUUUCACCUCCAGGAUACUAAUCAGAAUUUAAUCUAUUUUGGUAACUAUUUUUGUUUCCUAAAAUGUUUGGCUCUUCAGGCGACUGCCAAAUGAAAUGAAGUUUUAACUGAAAAUAGUUAUUAGCUGGGCACAGAGAUAAACUACAGACACUUAGAGAGCUGUAUAUCACAUCCCUGAUUUUGACUGACCACAUCACAUACCAGGAAAACAGCAGAAGAAACCCUAUAUUACUGCUUAGUCUAUCAAAGAGUUCAGUCCCUAGUAUUGUCAAGCCCGUAAGACUCAACUUGGUGUUCGAGUUUAUCAAUUUAAUCAGAAUUCUUAAAAAAUAAACCUUAUUAUACUCAACUUGCUUUGUUUACAUUUACGUUAGUGUAAAGCAGAUGAGAUGUUGCAAUUUCAACUGAGGUGCUGCAGCAGUUUGGAAAUUUGAUGGCUUACGCUUAGGAUCAGGUGCAUGUUAGGUUUUUUUUGUGGGGGGGACCAGGCAACGCAGUUUCAGCCCUGUCAAUCCAGAACUCAAGACUGGCAAUUUUAGGAACCAACAGCCUUCUCCUCCUGCAUCUGUAAUUUGAAGAACCUCUCACCUGCUUUCUGAAGUGAACAGGGCAAAACUCAAGUCUACAAUUCCAGUUUCUUCUCUAGGAUGUUUAAAGUGAAUCAUGUACUGAUGAAGUGUUCCCAAUUAAAAGCCUGCAAACCAAAGGAAUUGAUUCAGGCGAGACGGUGCACAGUGCCUGAUCUACAGGGAACCAGCAGAGGGAAGUCAGUCUCCAUACCCUGAAUACUAACAACCUGAAUAAACAAACCCCAAGGUCUCACACACCAAGCAGUCCAUCUCCAACUGCUGGGAGAUACCCUAUUUGUUUAAUGGGAACAGCACAAGACUGUGCCAUGGUUCUUCUUUAUUCAUGUAAAACAAAUGCAAAUAUUUAUACAAACACUGACAUUACAAAGUACUGGGAACUGGUAGGGAGCGAAAGAGGAAACAAAAACCUCUAGAGAUGCUUCUAAUACUGUCCCAAACAAGACCAAGAUGCUCUGUCCCUCAGAUAAUCACUUAGACGAUAAACCACUUUAAAGUCACAGAUAAAGUCUUUGUUUCAAGAUAUGUUGCGUUCUUUUGAGGGGCUGAGGAAGGGGGCAUAUAAUGUUUUUUGGCAGAUCUCCUCAUAAAGUCAGAUAUUGCUGCACUGUUAAUAAAAAUAUAUGCUUCUCUGUAAAGCAUUAAAAAAAAUAUCCCAUGGAUGGUGUCAUGGAGGCUUCAGCUUAGAGGCAGAUAUCCCAAAAUGCACCGCAGUCAUCUCCCUGCCA